AUGGAAGAACGAGGUCAUGGUUGUGCAUUUAGAACUUUAACCAUAGAAAAUAUAUCAAGUAUCGCUGUUUUGAAAACAAAUUUGUUAAUCAGAAAAAGCUUUCAUGACUUGCUUAUGCUUUUUCCUAUGAACAGAAACUCAUGCUUAUGCAUUGAUAUCGUUCGUAAUUUGUUUCGAAUAUCGCGCAACGUUCAUGCCAAGCGAGAACAUUUGGUUAUGGAAAUGAUAGCAAACAAUGGCACAAGAGGGAGUGAACAUAACAGCGGAAUUCACUUCCAAAUACAAUGUACCUGA